ACGUCAGGAGAAAAUACUACUGGAACACGGCUAUACAACCCUAAUACCACAACAUCCUAAUACCACAGAAUUCCUGAACAUCUUCUGGUUUACCAGAGGACAAUGAAAAAGGGGUGAAAUACAGCUUCACUCUGACAUGUGCCUCUUUUUACUUCACUGUUACUUUAUUUUUUAUUUCUAUCCCACCCUACCCCAGCCACAGGGUGUCUUUGCAAAGGGUGCUAUAUUGGAUAAGGGUUCUCUCACUUGGAUUUAUUGCUUCACUCGAACAAAGGAAUGAAAGAGGUAUUUAUAUUGUGAUCCAAGAAGAUAACUCUCCCUCGGUGCAUCUUCUUUGGAGGUUUUCCAAAGACCCGACUCUGGUUUCUGACAACUUUCAAGAGACAUCUUAGCAUCGAUCCUGUGGAUUGCCCAGUUAUUGUUUUAUUAGCUUGGCUUCUGGCCGUUGCAGGCAAUUAGUUUAAGCCACAAUUAGUAGCUACGUCAUCCCUUUUCAGACUUCUUGAACGGCGAUACCAUACUGACUGAACCUGCCAAGUUGGCACCAUGAGCUUUACUGAGCUCUUGGAACAAGUUGGCGGCAUGGGACGCUUCCAGAUUAUCAAUAUGUUGCUCUUGGCCAUCUCUGUGCUCAUGAUGGCCAGCCACAACUUACUGCAGAACUUCACAGCAGCCACUCCUGAGCACCACUGCUUGGUCCACCAUAAUGCCAUUCAGGAGACUCAGAACCUUACUUAUGAAGAUCUCAUCAAAGUCUCCAUCCCCAUGAAUGAGAAGCAACAGCGGGAGGAAUGUCUCCGUUUUGCCAACCUCCAGUGGUGGCUCUUGAACCCUAACGCUACCAAAGUGAACAGAACUGAGAUUAAAACAGAGAUGUGCACUGAUGGGUGGACGUACGACAGAAGCAUCUUCCCAAACACCAUUGUCACAGAGUGGGACCUAGUUUGUGCCUCCAGAACGUCGAAGCAGAUGGCUCAGUCACUAUAUAUGGCUGGAGUGCUGCUGGGAGGCAUUGUAUUUGGAGCCCUCUCAGACAGAUUUGGGCGCCGAUCACUUAUCAUCUGGUGUUACCUACAGAUGGCUGCCAUGAGUUCAGCCACAGCUUUCUCCCCCAAUUUCAGUUUCUACUGUGCCUUCCGCUUUCUGACAGGAAUGGCCUUCUCAGGCAUCGUGCUGAAUAGUGUCUCUCUAACUACGGAGUGGACACCUACAAACAGACGAGCAGUGGUGGGUACCUUCAUUGGCUAUUCCUACACCAUUGGACAGUUCGUCUUGGCAGGUGUGGCAUACGUCAUCCGGGAUUGGCGCUGGCUCCAGCUUACCGUCUCUCUGCCUUAUUUCAUCUUCUUUUUCUACUCCUGGUGGUUUGCUGAAUCUGCCCGCUGGUUGGUGAUGUCCAGGAAGUUGGACCAGGCUGUGAAGCAGCUCAAGAGGGUGGCCAGGAUCAAUGGAAAGAAGGAAGCUGGUGACAAGUUGAACAUUGAGACCUUGAGGUCCAAGAUGAAGGAAGAAAUAGCAGUGUCAAAAUCUACACAUACAGCUGUUGACCUAGUGCGGACACCCACCAUGCGCCGGAUUUCUUUCUGCCUGUGCCUUGUGUGGUUCUCAACCAGCUUUGCCUAUUAUGGGCUGGCCAUGGAUCUGCAGAACUUUGGUGGGAACAUCUACUUGAUCCAGUUGAUUUUUGCAGCUGUUGACUUGCCAGCCAAGCUCAUCUCGCUGUUCACAAUCUGUUACAUUGGGCGCCGGUUCACACAGGCUGUGGCAAUCAUCCUGGCUGGAAUGGCUAUCCUAGCUAACAUCUUUAUUCCACAAGACAUGCAAACCCUUCGUACUGUCUUUGCAGUCUUCGGGAAAGGAUGUUUGGCUUCCUCGUUCCAUUGUGUCUAUUUAUACACCGGAGAACUUUAUCCAACAGUGCUCAGGCAGACUGGUAUGGGCCUGAGUAACACCCUGGCCCGCAUAGGUGCCAUAGUAGCCCCAUUGGUGAAGAUGGCCGGCGAGUACAUUUCCUUCCUGCCCAUGGUGAUCUAUGGGGUUGCUCCCAUCGUGUCUGGCAUAGCGGCUUCUUUCUUGCCAGAAACCCUCAAUGUUCCGCUAUGGGAAACUAUCGAACAGGUUGAGAUGCAGUCUCGGCUCCGGAAGGAUGAAAAGAAGCAGACAACAGCCCUUCUCAGCUCUACCAAGCCUGAAACUGAAAAGGUCACCAGUUAAGAAGAGAAAAGUCCCCCAUGGACUGUUUCUUGGGGACAUUCAGUCUCUUGGUCCUCGAGACAAAUUCUAUGCUUUGAAAAGAGACCAGCACUUUGCCUUCUGGGACAUUUUAUAGAUGGGCUAG